UUUCCUGCGCCCAGGGUACAGGAGGCACGCGCCGAGCCCAACGGGCGGCAUUGCGAGAAAUAUGAGGAUUCGCCCGGGAUGCGCGGCUGUAUUAGCGCUGCUACUGCAGGCCGCUCUUGUGGCGAGCAAAGCUGUAGAUCAAACGCAGCAUCCGCAACGUCAAACUCCAUACGUUAAAGAGGCACAAAAACGAUGGGGAGGCGAUUCCGGUGGCGAUUACGGUAAUGUUGAAGGUGGUGACAUUGGUGGUCACUUCGGUGGCGGUGAUGCAGGUGAUCACUUUGGUGGCGGUGAUGCAGGUGGUCACUUUGGUGGCGGUGACGCUGGCGGCCACUUUGAUGGCGGCGAUGCUGGCGGCCACUUUGGUGGCGGUGAUGCUGGCGAUCACUUUGGUGGCGGUGACAUUGGAGGUCAUUUGGGCGGCGGUGAUAUUGGCGGAGGUGGUAUCGGUGGUCACUUGAAUAUCGGAGGUGACAUUGGUGGUCAUCCAAGUGGCGGUGACAUUGGCGGCGGUGGCAUCGAGGCGCAUCACGGAGGCGACCAUCAUCAUCACGAUGAGGGAUACUGGAAAAAGAAAUUAGUGUGGAAGCCGGGUUGGAAAAAGAUCUGGAAACCGGCGAAAAAGCAGAUCUGGAAGCCCGCGUGGAAGAAGAUCUGGAAGCCUAUCUGGGUGCCGACGCAAAAAGCGGUGUGGAAGGAGAUUCAAGUACCAGCGUGGAAGAAAAUCUGGAAACCUGUGUGGAAAGAGAUUCAAGUGCCGGUGUGGAAGGAGAUAAAAGUGCCAGCUUGGAAACAAAUUUGGAAGCCGAUUUGGCAACCAAUCAAGGUACCCGCUUGGAAGGAGAUUCAAGUACCGGCGUGGAAAAAGAUCUGGAAGCCAGUCUGGAAAGAGAUUCAGGUACCGGCGUGGAAGGAGAUUCAAGUACCUGCUUGGAAGAAACUUUGGGUCCCCGAAUGGGUAAAAAUUGGCAUACCGGGUAAUCACUAUCACGGUACUGAUCAUCAUGGAUGGCAGUAUACCAGCCACGAUCUCUGGAAAAAGAAAUUGAUUUGGAAACCGGUAUGGAAAAAAUACUGGAAAACGGUGAAAAAGCAAAUUUGGGUACCGGAUAAGAAACUCGAAUGGAAGGAGGCUUGGAAGCAGAUAUGGAAACCAGCGAAAAAGCAGAUCUGGGUAGAAGAUAAGAAGCUAGUUUGGAAGGCAGAGUGGAUACAAAUUUGGAAGCCAGGCAAGAAGCUCAUCUGGGUUCCUGAUAAGAAACUCGAAUGGAAGGAAGCUUGGAAGCAGAUCUGGAAAACCGACAAAAAAUUGGUAUGGAUACCUGAUAAGAAACUCGCCUGGAAGGAAGCGUGGAAGCAGAUCUGGGUGCCCGCUUGGAAGGAAAUCUGGGUACCAGCAUGGAAAAAGAUUUGGAAACCAGUCUGGAUAUCCGAAUGGUUCCCCAACGAAGACCACCAUCAUCACCACGGUUGGGAUCGCAAGGACACGCAGACGCAGAAUACGCAAGUUGUGCCUUACAGCCCAGAAGUCGCUCAGCAGAAGAGGCAAGCGCAGCAGCAGCAGCAGCAACAGCAACAGCAACAGCAACAGCAACAGCAACAGCAACAGCAAGUGCAGCAACCUCAAACAGACGUUAACAAAAUCAGAUGGGACAGAUCUUUUAAAGCAAAUCCGCCGACGGUUUCGCAGCACCUGGUACCACCGCCAGCUAAUCAAAACGGAGGUCAAGCCGGCUUUACGUUCCCCGGCCGCUAAGAUGAAGCUGGAUUGAGCUCUGUGUAAAAUAAUCUUGCACUAUAAUCCCUGAAAAUGCUUGUACAAACGUCUCUAUGAGAAAGUACUGUAACAUAAGUCGCUGUAUAUAUUACGUUUUAGGAGAGAUUAAGAUAAGUCGCUUUAAGUUACCCGAAAUUGUUUGACUGAUUGUGUACUCGCUACUCUUCGGAGUAUCACUCUUUGAUGCUUUAUAACCCUUAUCUUUUUCCUUUCCUUGUUUUCUUUUUAUACUCACGUUGUUGUCAUUCCAAUUGUUAAUUCUAAUAGUGUUAUGAAUAAAGUUUAUAAAUAUUUUGUUAA